AUGGGUUUUUUUGACCACUUACAAAAAGGGAACGGAUUCUCGCUGCAAGCAAAGAAACCUCAAAUCCGCAAAGUCGUUACCCAGAAAAAUCCCGCCGUUGCUCCACCGUCACGAUCAUCAUCUAUAGGCACCACCGAUUCCCGACAAUCGCCCUCGGUCAGGUCGACACCUAUUGCGAAAAGCAAAAUUUCGAGCACCCCAUCUCGGAAUAGUGAAAUAUCGUCAAAGCAGCGCCUUCGGACUACGGUUUCUCGUCGGAACUUGAAGCGGCCGUCGCCGAUCCAGCGACUCGAGAGCGAUGAUGACGAUGACGACGAUAAUGAUACGGACACCUCGUUUGAGGUUCGCAAGCGCACGAAACUGAGCGAUAGCGUCGAACCGGAUUUUGCCCGUCGUAUACGAUCGGUGGAAGCAUUUUCGAAGGAUGGGCCCAAGGCCCUCAAGAUGGUGCAUGCAGCGGAUAUCACAGCUGCGAAAGCCGUUGGCAAAUAUAAACCGGCAUUUGAGAAGGGUGCCGACAAAGGGCCCUCAGAAAUAAGACUACAGUAUCCGAGUACAGUCAAAGGCGAGCGGUAUCAACUGGUAGUCCCGAAGGAGAAUGACGAUUUCAAGCCGCUGGACGAUAUUGUCCAGGUGGUCGAAAUGGUUUCUCAAUAUUAUAUCCCCGAGGAUAUGCUUGAUGAAUUCAAUCACGAGUCUACAGGGAUUAAGCGGCGGAUCCGCCGUGCUUUUGCGCAUGCCUCUGAAGCCGAGUUUCGAGAAGUGAUAUCGGACUACAAUCGCGCUGUACAAAUAUACGUAUCUGACGGGUCUAUUGCGAAACAUUUGGAUGAAACGCAUGCGUUGCAGUUACCCCUUGUGGAGCGCAUAUUGACGCAGAUAUAUUCUCGCACGGUUUCGCCUCGAGUCGACUCACUUCGUCAAUAUGAGAACGGAACUGAUAAUGUAUAUGGAGAACUCUUGCCGCGGUUUGUCAGUACUAUUUUCAAAGAAACGCAUCUCAAAUCCGGUCAAGUGUUUGUUGAUCUGGGCUCGGGCGUUGGCAAUGUCGUUCUACAAGCAGCACUCGAAAUUGGAUGCGAGAGUUGGGGAUGUGAAAUGAUGCCCAACGCCUGCACAUUGGCCGAUUUGCAACAAGCCGAAUUCAAAGCGCGGUGUCGUUUGUGGGGGAUUACACCGGGAAAGACUCGUCUUGUCCAAGGAGACUUCCUGACAGAACAAAGCGUAAUCGAAGUCCUCAAAAGAGCUGACGUCGUGCUUAUCAAUAAUCAAGCUUUCACCCCGCAACUGAACAACGAGUUGAUUAACCACUUUUUGGAUAUGAAGGAAGGCUGCAAAAUCGUCUCACUCAAAUCAUUCGUGCCAGCUGGUCACAAAAUUACAUCGCGAAACUUGAACUCGCCGAUUAAUCUGUUGGAUGUCAGGCAAUUGAAUUACUGGUCUGACUCUGUGAGUUGGACCGAUGUAGGCGGCACAUAUUUUAUCGCCAGAAAGGACAGUUCCAGGCUCAAGGCGUUUGCUGAUAGUCAGGGAUACUGA